UAUUUAUCUGCAUUAAGUGUUAAUGGCAGUUUAAGUCAACUUGGAAAUGGACUGAUCAAUAAGACACAUGGCAAACUCAAAAUUAAUACAUUUUUACGGCAUUAUAAACAAAUGUUCAACUCAGAUGAAAACAGUAUCACCUACCGUUAGAACGUAGUAACGUUAGAAAGAGUUUACCGAGUAGGAAGGAAGCUCUGGACCAGAUAUACAAAUUAAUACAAGACUGGCUUGACGAGAACCCAAUGAAUGUCAUUCUCUUGGAGUGUUCCGCUAACUAUGGUUCUGAAUUUUUAUUCAUGAACGUAUCGAGAUCAUUUAAAACAAAGAUUCAUGUGAAAGAAAAAGUCUAUGAAAAAUAUAAGCGAAUAGAGGAAUUGAAUCAUUAUGUUACAGAUAAUGCAAACGAAACACGCAUCCAUGCUUGUAUUGAACGAAAAUUUGUUGACUUAAAUUGUCGAAAAGUUUAUUCAAAAAAUGUUUUAAGAAUUGUACCAUCGGUACAGUGGUGGAAGGGGAAAGAUACAUCUAUAGUAGUAGCCCGCAAUGAUAAAAGAUUUAAUACAAUAAAUGUUUGUUACUCAAACCAUUCUUCGUACAAUGAACUCAAGGAUUUCAUUACAUACUUCAAUGCAAAUAAUGUUAUUCCAUGUGUCAAUAGUGAUAAUCAAAAGGAUUUGUUGUCCGAAAUACUAAAAGAACUAAAGAAACAAACUCCAGAGGUAGAAAUGUGUAGUAUUAAGCUACCACGUUUUAAAAACGUUAAAUUAGAUUGUAAUAAUAAGGAGUAUUGUGAUGAUGAAAAUAGUGAUUCAUAACAUAAAUAUACGAUAACCUUAAUUUAUGCCAUAUGUAUAGUGCAAUUAUACAUUAAUUUUAUAAUAUAUAUAUAUAUUAAUAUUUAAAUGUCUGAUGGAAGACUCGUUCUUUUACUUAAGAAGAAUGUUAAAUUUUUAUAUAAUAAAUGCUAAUCAUAUUGUUUGUUUAUGUUUAUUGGCUAAAAUAUUUGUAUUUGUGUAUAAUUUGACAGUAUAUUUGUAUGUUGCACUCCAUG